CCCGGGUCAGUGAAGUAGUCAGCCUUUGCCAUCAAAGGAGUUGGGCCUGUUCAAAAAAUGAUAAAAUCAUACGAACAAAAGAAAUAUCGCUUUGGACUAAAGUAUGCGAGGACAAUUUUGAGUAAUCCGAAUUUCGCUGAACAUGGAGAAACCUUAGCAAUAAAGGGGCUCAUUCUUAACAUGGGUAAGCAACAAGAAGCACAGGAAUGUGUGAAAAGAGGAAUCUCGUCAUCAUUUGCUGCGACUUCGGCCAACGCAGAAAGUGUCUUGGUUGCUUACGUCACAGCAUAUCAUGUCUUGAAAGAUUACGAGAAGGCACUCAAUGUACUAGUGGAAUUCAUUCAAAACAAUGAGGUAGGAUAG